GAGAUGCUUCGGGGCUAUCCCGAAUUGAUUGUGGGCUUCAACGUCUUUCUGCCCCGCGGGGCUAUCCUCGACCCUAAUACAGGUGCCAUUGUGCAGCUGCCGGACUCUGCCUGAGCCGAUGUGCCUAUUCCUAUGUCACCCAUACACUAUGAUCACUGCCAUGUACUGCAUAAUCUAUCCCUACACGCUUCCCGAGUCUGCCCGCUCGUUUCCAUGUACCGCUUCCGAGCUAUCUACGCUGCUGUCAGGAGUCAUCGGCCCCGGGGAGACGGGAACGCGACCGUGACUGGACGCGUCGCGUCCGGACGCGAGUGUACAAGCGCGGAGAUAAGAUCACGGCCCCGGCCGGCGACGCGUCAUGAUCUUAUUGUCCUUCCCCUCCGCGCCCACCACAAUCACAAUAGCCCACUUACGUUCCCAUACUUCCUCUCUGCGCGUUCCAUUGUGGUCAUAAAGCGGACUUCCCUGGAGAAUCCCCCCGCACACGGCAUCUUACGGUUCCUCGCACUUUGCAUCCGGCGCCGGUAUAUUGACCUUAUUGUCCUCGCCCAUCACAGUCACAAAGCGCACUAUACUACCGGACGCGCUGUCCCCGCACCGAGAUGAUGCAUCUCGUUGGCAAUUGUCCGGUUGUCAACCUAGUGGCGUACUUAUCUGGCUUGCGAGGAAGUAUGCGCAUCUGCUCGCGCCUCCAUCCUCUUCGUUAACUUAAGAGACCACUGGCUGGCUCUGCGACUCGCUCGACUCGGACUACGGUACCCUCGCACUGCUACGCGACUCUCAUGACUAGCCAGAACAACAAGCACGGGCACACAUACCGCCGCACCACGCCGUCUGCUUCCCCGGUGCGUUC